AUGUAUUCUGUUUUAACAAGAGUAAAUGCUAUACUGACUUACACUCUGAGUGUUCUAGCAUGUUUAACAUUUUUGUGUUUUCUUUCCACAUUAACUGUGGAUUAUAGAACUACAGCUCAAAUGAAUACUGUAAAAGUCGUUGUGAAAAAUGUUCCAGAUUAUGGAGCUUCCAGGGAAAGAAAUGAUCUCGGAUACUUAACAUUUGAUCUCAAAACAGAUUUGUCUAACCUCUUCAACUGGAAUGUUAAGCAGUUAUUCCUCUAUCUCACAGCCGAAUAUGUCACACCAAACAAUGAAUUAAAUCAAGUUGUUUUAUGGGACAAAAUAAUAUUGAGGGGAGAGAAUGCUAUACUAGACUUUAAGAAUAUGAACACAAAAUACUACUUCUGGGAUGAUGGAAAUGGUUUGAAAGGUCACAACAAUGUCACAUUAACCCUGUCAUGGAACAUAAUUCCCAAUGCAGGUCUACUUCCUAACAUCCAAGCUCUUGGCCAGCAUUCAUUCAAGUUCCCUGUUGAGUAUACUCAAAGCAGGGUA